UUAACAAAAUGAAAAUUAUUUAUCGCUCCAUCGCGAUCACUCGAAAUCUUCAACUUCCUUCCCUCGGGUAUUUUAAGCCCAGUAUCUCCCUCUUACACGACCUACUCUUUUCCCCUUGCAAUGAACAACUCCACCACAGUCACUAUUUCAGCCGCUGCUGCCGCCGCCGGAGCUGCCAUCAAACGCCGGAAAAAACUCAAUCAAUAUCAGUCCUUGAUUCCUGGACUUCCAGAUGAUAUAGCUCAAAUUUGUCUAUCUCAUGUUCAACCUUCCACUCUUUACUCCGUUUGCCAUUCUUGGCGCCGCCUUGUUUAUUCUUCUUCCUUUCCUUGUUUCUUAUCCGUAUACUCUCUACUAAAGCCUUCACAAUCUGAAAAAAACUCCGUAGAUUUUGCAAAUUUCGAUCCGGUUUCAGCUAAAUGGACUCUACUUCCUCCUCCUCCGCUUAAUCCACCUCUCCGUAUCCUUCUCCGUCACCCUUCCUUCAUUUCCCGUCACCUUCCUAUUCAAUCUGUAAGCGUUUCGGGUAACUUUGUCCUCCUUGCCGCGACUACUGAUCCUUUGUUGCCGGCUUUAUCUAAUCCACUUGUAUUCAACCCGAGAACCGGCAAGUGGUCUAAUGGUCCCCAACUCGCGACUCCACGACGCUGGUGCGCUGCUGGGGCAUCCCACGGCGUCGUGUACGUCGCGAGUGGGGUUGGGUCUCACUAUAACCCCGAGGUUGCUCGGUCAGUUGAGAAGUGGGACAUGAAUAGAAACAACCGUAACCAUAUUUGGGAAAAAAUGAACUGUCUUAAAGAUGGGAAAUUCAGUAGAGAGGCAAUUGAGGCUGUUGGAUGGAGAGGGAAGUUAUGUAUGGUUAACGUGAAAGGCGAUGCAGCAAAGGAAGGGAUAAUCUACGACGUCGAAAGCGACACGUGGCAGGAGAUGCCGGAGGGGAUGUUAAUGGGAUGGAAGGGUCCCGCGGCCGCGAUGGAGGAGGAAAUUAUUUAUACGGUGGAUGAAUCGAAAGGAGCAUUGAGAAAGUAUGAUCAUAGAAGAGAUUGCUGGUUAGAUAUUUUGGAGAAUGAAAUGCUUAAAGGUGCGCGACAUAUGGCUGCUGCCGGUGGUAGAGUGUGCGUGGUUAGUGGUGGUGGAGAGGGGAUAGUGGUGGUGGAUGUGGUGGCGGAGCUGCCGCGUUUGGUUGUUGUGGAAACUCCGGUGGGGUUUCAGGUUUUGGACGUACAUAUUUUGCCUAGGAUCAGCCAAUUGGAUUCUGAAUGACAUUAUGAAAUUUGAAUAGUGUAGUUUUUUCCACUUCUAUUUUCCAAAAUUUUCGGGUAAAUUUGGGAUAUUUGUCAAUUUUUUUUGUUGGGUCUUUUUUCCAAUGUCUUUUUCAAUUUACUUAAAUACUUCUCUUAUUGGGGACAAUAUAUGUAUACUAUUUAACACAUUCUAGCCAGAAAAAUAUAAACAUUGUUAUUUCA